GCGUGAACAACAGCGUAAACAACAACGUAAACAACAGCGUAAACAAACAGGGCGGUUAGGCAAAACCACAGGCGGAUAUCUUUGGAAAGUGAACAGACAAUGGAGGCAACAGGACUUUCGAGAUCGAUAUCAAAAGUGCGGUCGAAACUCAGUGGGCUGAAGCGAAAUGACGAGUCAGCAUCGGCAUCAGCAUCAUCAUUGGCCCCAUCAGCAUCGGCACCAGCGCCAGUAACGGCGUGUACAAGUCCAGAUCAGGCUGAUCCAAACACACACAUACUCGCUAUGAAGUAUAUGGGGUCAAGCGACCGUGUUGACCUUCAAAACUGCAAUGAUAAUGAGAAUUCCAACGCGAAUCUAACAUCCACGAAUCAUAUUCCACAGCUUUCCAUGUCAGCCAGCACGCCACCUUCCUUGGAGUCGAACAAGACCCCUUCAAUGGCAAGUCUGGAAACUGUGCUGUUACCCUCGAUACCUUCUAUACAGAGCUUGCACGAGAUGGACGGCUCAGUACGGAAAGACACAACCACGCACGUCGUGACGAAUAACGACUUCGCAGAUGCAAUGGCGCAGAGCAUAUUGGAGAAAGUUGAUAUCGAUGCAACGACAAACGAAACAGACCAUUGGAAGAUUUGAGCACUUCUCCCACUUCCUAUUUUUUACGACUAAUGUGAUACCGUCUCUUUGACUUACAACACCACAUGACUAAGUACAAGAGCGAUGAAGUUGGCCCUUCAUUGAUACAAAGGAGCCAACUCUAUGUUUGAUGCAAUUCCUUUUUAAUGACAAAGUAUAGACUGGCUGUGCACCCUCCGCCAUUUUGUAAUAUCGUGUAAACCCUCAAGAGGAACUGCUUUGACAAUCUGUCGGAAUCAGAUAGAUUGAACACACUACAAAUGAUCUACUCGGUGCAAGCACCAUGCUCUGUACUAAUACAUCCAUUUACUCUGUAAUUGAAUAUUAUAAUCUUUCUGG